AUGUCUGAAUGUCGUUCGACGAACCAUUAUGCAUCUGGCUUAAUCUUAUUCGAUAUCCUUGAUGAACCAUCGCAUAUUGGACGGAUUACAAUUAAUAAUCCAGCUAAGCGUAACGCAAUCUCUCGUCAGAUGUGGUUCGGGUUAUCAGAUCUUCUUGACGAUUGUCUCGUUCGUUAUCAAACUAUUCGUGUUUUAAUAAUAACUGGUGAAGGACAAAUCUCAUUUUGUUCAGGUGCUGAUUUAUCGGAAAACGAAGGCGAUGGAAUCGAUCAAACUAUCCCGAAUAUUCGAGUCAAACUUCGACAAUUUCCCAUUCCGAUCAUGGCAAAGAUCAAUGGUUACUGUUUAGGUGGUGGUCUAGCCUUAGCAAUGAACGUUGAUAUUCGUAUUGCAUCUUCCAACGCUUCGUUUAGCAUUCCUGCAGUGAAAUUAGGUGUACCUUGUCCUAAAGAUAUUGUUGACCGUUUGAUUAACUUAAUCGGUGAAUCUGACGCAAAAAUGAUACUUUAUACCGGUGAUCGAAUAUCAGCUGACCAAGCUUAUUCAAAAGGAUUAAUUCAACAUGUAUGUGAUAAUCAUGAUAGUUUAGAUAAGUAUGUACUCAAUCUAGCUCGAACAAUUUCAACCAAUGCUCCAUUAUCACUUCGUUCGAUAAAAUUAAUGAUUGAAAAUAAGAACGAUGAAACGGCUAUCAAAGCUGCUAUUGAUGCAUGUUUGAUAUCGAAUGAUAUCGAUGAAGGACGAAACGCUUUUCGUCAAAAACGAGAAGCAAAAUUUCAAGGUUGUUGA